AUGAAUCAGUGGUAUAAUAAGAGGAUACAGGAAAAGAGUCAGACCCAGCAACCUCUUCCUCCUACAGUACCACCAGUAGUGUCCUCGGUUGCUCCUCCACCUCCUCCUUCGGUAACUGAAUCAAGUAAGAGAACUCCAGUAGAAAAACUCAGAAAAUUUAGGGCUGAAGAAUUUCGGGGUAGGUCAGAUGAUGAUCUAGUAAAAGCUGAGUAUUGGUUGCAGACCACGAUAAGAGUUUUUAAAGAAAUGGCUUGUUCUCCUGAUGACUAUUUAAGGUGUGCUGUUUCAGUGUUAAAAAAAGAAGCAUAUCACUGGUGGGAGACAAUAGAAGCUGUGGUACCAGCCGAGAAACUUACUUGGGAAUUUUUCCAAGCCGAGUUUAAAAAGAAAUAUAUUGGUAAAAGAUAUUUAGAAAAGAAAAAGAGAGAAUUUCUUGAUCUUGACGAGGAAAUCGGACGAUGGUGA